ACAGUAGUGAACGAGCCAUUCGAGUGUUAGUGUGCAAGGAGAUCGCAAUUCAUAAUGAAACUGUUCAUCGUAGCCGCUCUCAUCGCUGUCUGCGCAGCUGGUCGCCUGGAGCACCUGGAACGCUCUUAUCUUCCACCAGACAACAGCAUCGGUGGUUCCAGCUUUGGAAGUCAUGGUGCUCAAGGAGGAUUCGGAUCUAACGGCUUCGGAACUGGGAAUGGUAGAGCUGGUUCUCAUGCUUCCCAGCCGGGUUCCUUCCCUGGUGCCACUUCGAAUCAGUACCUUCCACCCAACCAGGGCUCUUCUCUAGGAUCUGGACGCUUCGGUUCUUCCCUUCAAGGAUUCGGCUCCCACACACCGUCGUCUCAAUACGGAUCUCCUCAGAACCAAUAUUCACCUCCAAGCACACAAUACGGUACUCCUGGCGGACAAUUCGGAUCUUCUGGUCGUUACUCUGGUGCAAGCCACGGUUCAGGCAGUCACUCAGGCUUCGGAGCAUCUGGCGGUCUUUUCGGAGCCUCUGCAAACCAAUACGCUAGUCACGGUUCUCCUAGUAGCCAAUCCGGUUUUGGAACAUCUGGCGGACACUCCGGAUUCGGGGCAUCUGGUGGUCACUCUGGAUUCGGAGCAACCGAUGGUCACUCUGGGUUCGGAGCCUCUGGCAGUCACUCUGGUUUUGGAUCAUCUGGCACUCAGUCUGGAUUUGGAUCUGGCAACCAGUAUGGUGGUCAUGGUGCUUCUGGCAGCCAAUCCGGCUUCGGAACCUCUAGCGGUCACUCUGGUUUUGGAGCAUCUGGAAACCAAUACGCGAGUGCUGGCCACGGUUCCUCUGGUAACCAGUUAGCUUUCGGACGUACUUCCGGUACCACCUUUGGAAGCCCAAGCCGCCAGUACGGUACUCCUCAAUUCGGUUCGCUCGGCUCUUCAAGAUACCAGAGUGCCGCCGCCAGUCGUCAGUACUUGACACCUAAAAUCACCAGCUCUCAAAACAUCCCCCAACAAGCGUUCGAUGAACAAACUGGCUAUCAAUACUGAUUUGGUACCGCAAACUUUAUAACUGUGUUCAAAUUAUGUAUUCUAAU